GGAAACGCAGAGAGUGUGAUCGAGGUAGGGGAGAGGGAAAUCGCGCAAAAACCCUAGAAAUUCAUCGCCUCGUGAUCCGAGAGAAGUCUUCUUUGAUUCGGGGGAUAGAUCCGAAGGAGAUUUUUGGUCACGGUGUCGUGAGGGGAGCAGAAGAGCUGGGUUUUUUUUUGAAGGAAUUUGAACAUUUGAUGGAGAAACAGGGAUAAAGUUGUGAUUUUUAGACGGGUGGGAAGUAUAGAUCUUUUGAAUCUCGAUUAAUUUGAGUUUGGUUUGACGAAAUGGCAAUGGCGGAUGCUGCGGCUACUUUGGUGGAAAAUUUAGAAGGGACCGAUGUUGAAGUGGUGAAAGUUAGAAAUCCCAAGAAUUCUAAAUCAAUGGUGAAAGAUCAAGAAAAUGUAGCGAAGAAAGCAUUGAUCUGUCGUCCUGAUGUUAAGGCGGAUGUAGUGAUGCUUGAUUCGUCUUCUGGUGAAACAUGUGGAGCAUCUCGAUCUGAUAUCAAUGUUGAGAACAUGGUUGUCGAUGGUUCUUCUGCUCAAAGUUUGAAGCAAACCCCGGAGAGUGCAAAGAUGGUAAAGGGACUGCUAAAGAGAAAAAGAGUUUCAAUCGAAGGUAAUUUGGCUGCUGAGGACAUGGAAUCCCUUGGAAGGCAAUGCCGCUGUGAGCUUGAUGACUUAUUUGAGUAUUACAAAGAAUUUUCAGCUAUUCAGAUGAACCUUGAAGCGGAAGUGAGUUCAAACAAUCAUAUGAUUGCCUGCUUGUUGGAGGAGAACAAUCUUUCAUUUUCCAAGCUGGUGGAAGAGAUUUAUGUAAAGUUAAAAGGGAGAGAGGGGAUCACUUUGGCUUCAGUAAAGACAAGUAUCCUUUAUGUUGGGCAGAGAAUGAUUUAUGGAAUCUCUAAAAAUGAAGCUGAUGUUCUGGAGGAUACCUCAGAUUCAUGUCUGUGGUGCUGGGAGACUAGAGAUAUGAAGUUGUUACCCAUGAACAUGCGAAAGAUCAUUAACAUUCGGCGCACAGCUAGAAAGAAAAUUUCUGAGAGGAUUACUGCUCUUUCAGGAACUUUGUCAUUACUGUCAGCCCCAAAGAAUUGUGAUGACUACAGAAUUCAUGUGCUUAAAUCAUCGGAGAAGCUUGGACGAACAUUAAAUGAGGCAGCAAUUCGUUCUCUGGUUGAAAGGCUAAAACAGAAAAAUGAUGCUAAUAUUGCUGCAAAAGAAGGAAAAUUAAGAGAGAAGGAUAUAAUUAAACAAGUUGAAAGAAACAAGCAAACUGCUGAGAAGGAGAGGAAAAAACUGGAUCGUGAGCUUCAGAAGGAGAAAAUCCGAAGUGAGAAGGAACUCAAACGGCUUAAAGAAGAGUCUGAAAAAGUGGAAAGGCGCCGGGAGAAAGAAGAGGCUGAUUUGAAAAGGCAACUAAAGAGGCAGCAGGAAGAGGCUGAGAGGGAUCAAAAACGCCGGCAGAAAGAAGAAACUGAAUCAAAAAAGCAACUUUCUAUACAAAAGCAAGCUACAAUCAUGGAGCGUUUUCUUAAAAGCAAGAAGAAUGAUAGCAAAGGAGAUAACACUGAAAAGGUAACAUCAACAACAAAUAUGAUGGCUGGUUCUCCUGUCAAAAGUGAAAUUUUUGUCAAUGCAACCACAUCUAUGAUGGAUGCUACCCUUUCCCAGCAAGACUGUUUGUCUUUAGAGGAGAUCUUCAGGGCGCAUGUUGCUGGCUGGCAUAAGCUAUCUCAACACAACAGAACUUGUCGCUGGGGUGUUCGGCACAACCCAAAGAUGGAGUUGGUCAAAGAGCUUAAGAUAGGACCACUUGAGAAGCCAACCACACCAAAUAAAUUGGAUUGUAGCAUUGAACUGGGUAUUGUCAACCUUGUUGAUGGAUGUGAUGAAUCUGUCUCAAAUGAUAUUUCAUGCUUCACUGGAAGAAAUUUUACCAGAACUACAUCCAAAUUGUCGAAUAAGAAAUUAUUGCAGUUUGAUAAAAGCCAUAGGCCUGCAUAUUAUGGUACAUGGAGCCAAAAAAGUACUGUGGUCGGGCCUCGCCACCCUUUGCAGAAGGAACCCAAUCUGGACUACGAUGUUGACAGUGAUGAAGAAUGGGAAGAGGAAGAUCCUGGUGAAAGUCUUUCUGAUAUUGACAAGGAUGAUGAGGAGGAAACUUUGGAUGAAGGAAACAUGAUGAAUGAUGAUGAUGAAGCCGAAGAUGGCUUCUUUGUUCCUGACGGUUAUUUAUCAGAAAAUGAGGGAAUUCAAUCUGAAGAAGAUAAGAGUAAAUGCUCACCCUGUUGUGAGCCAGAGGCUGAAACUGAGGAAUUCAGGAUUUUGUUACGACAUCAGAAAUAUCUGUGCAGUUGGACUGAUCAGGCUCUUAAAAAGUGCCAGCCAUUGAUUAUAUCUAACCUAAUGCAUGAAAAGACAGAGCUGCUGAUGACUGAAGAUCUCGCUGGGACGGCUAAGCUCGAGCAGAUAUGUUUGCAAGCGAUAUGCAUGAGGGCAUGUCCUGGAAGCUCUGCUGUAGAAAUACCUGCAAAUCAUGAUCUACUAAACUCGGAUCAUGAGAUCAGUCAUUCGCAGAAAGAAAGCUUUUCUUCACCAAUGACAUCUAUGGCAGCCAUUCAAGAUGCGGACUUGCCAAAAUUUGUUGAAUCGAUCAGAUCAUGUUCUGAAGGUAUGAAUAAGGUGCUAGAAUCAUUACAACGUAAAUUCCCAACUACCCCAAAGUCACAGUUACGCAAUAAAGUGCGGGAAAUUGCAUCCUUUGUUGAUAACCGGUGGCAGGUGAAGCAAGAGAUCUUGGAUAAGCUUGGGCUAUCAUCCUCUCCUGCCAAACCAACAAGGCCUAGAGGCAUUUCAGCUUUCUUCUCAAAGCGAUGCUUGCCACCGUCGGGGGAGCCUGCCAGAGUUUCAGUCUCUCCUCUCAAACCAUGUGGUAAACCUGAGCCCAUGCCGGAAGUGCAUGACUUGGGCAUUUCAAUCUGGGUUUUGGAAGCAUCUGUUGGCAAGCCCAGUUGACCACAAGUACCAGUAUAUAUAGGUUUAGAAUGAAGGCUAAUGUUUGCACUAUUUUGAGUUACUGGGAAAUACAAGAGAUGUUUGAUGACUCUGUAAGAGUGGAAAUAAAGCAGUAUUUUGAUGUGGUACGUGUGCAAACAUGAUUUGUAAUGUGAAGGUCAUUUUUGAAGUGUAAUGUAUCUGUGCUUCAUCAAGAUUGUUCAAAGACUUGA